CGGAGAUGACACGUUCAAGUCGCGACAGAAGCUACAGGCGGGAAGACUGAAAUUUUCGGCAUGGACCGCAGGAGUCUGGCCCAGGAGCUGCGGCGCUGGGUGGUGGAGGAGAUGGGGCUCCCGCAGCAGAAAGCGCCCACCGAGGAAGUGCUGCAGAGACUCUUCCUAGUGCAGCGUGCCUCCGACAUCUGGAAAUACGUCAUCCGCCACGUGCGCAGCCAGAGGACUGUGAAGAACAUUGAAGGGAACCUGCUCUGGUAUCAGCAGCUGCAGCACACAGAGGCGCAGCGCUCCGUAGAGGAGGAGCAGCAGCAGCGCAGGAAGCAGCUGUGCCAGGAGAUCCUGGAGCUGCGCUCCGAACUGCAGCAUCUCCAGGAGCAAGUCCAGAGCGCCGAGAGAGAUCUCACCAGCCAGGAACUGAACAACCACAAGUCCCAGGAUUUCUGCCGUCGCUCGCUGCUGCUCCGUGCAUACAACAAGAAGAGGGAGGAGGAGUGGGGGACCCUGCGGGAGAGUAACCUCCGGAUCCAGUAUCUCCGCGAUCAGCUGCAGGAAGUCAGCAGAGCGUCGCAGAGGGAGACUGUAUUCCCCGCCCUGGAUGCAGUGUCGGCCUUGGACACCUUCCCAGAGCCCGAGGUCCUGAGAGAUGUGCGGGAGGUCUGCCAGAUGCGUUUGAAGUUUUUGCACUCCCUUUAUGACGAUACCGUUUCUGGCUCGUUGCUGUCUGGAGGGGAGGAUCUGCGCUCGUUGGCCCACCAGCAGUGGAUGAGUAUGGCAGAGAAGCUCUGGAGCUCGCACCCCCCGAAUCACAUCCUCGUGUCUCUAGAGCAUCUGGCCUUAGAGACCACCCGGGACAUGAGAAGACUGCAGUCCUCACUGGCCACCGACCCCACAGAGAAGUCCUGCAGCAUUUCCGACCCCACAUGCGAUCCCCAUGAAAGGAGAGAGAACCCGGAGACAUCCAGGGGCAUGCGUCAGGAUUCUUUGGGUGUUCUCCCUUCCUUCAGUACUCUCAUCCAGGAGGGGUGGUCGGAGUUGGUGAAGGUGACAUCUCACCUUCGCAGCGUUCAGCGCCAGUCGCAGGAGCUGUCGGCACACUUGGCGGAUAAGAUUCAAGAGAUCCACAGGACGCUGUCCGAUGGCAGCGAGCUCUCUGCUCUCAGCAGGGCGGCGUUUGAGGCGGAGCUGCGCUUGGUGCUCCUGCGCGGAUGUCAGGACGCUUUGCUGCGGGAAUGUCGGACGCUCCAGGGGAAAGCUGCGGACAAAAUGCAAGAAGUGAAGCUCCUGCAGCAGCAGCAGCAAAACAUCCAGGAAUCGUGUCUUCUCCUGGACAAGAAACAAAAACAGAUCCAGGUCCUUAUAACGGGAAACUCCUCCUCCAAGACCCAGAUCCGGCGCGGUAGCGCGGAGGUGAAGAAAUACAUCCAGGAGAAGCUGGUCCCGCUGCCUCAGGAGGUCGUCCAGGAAUCUCAGAGGCUUCGAGAUUCCGUCAUGAAGGAUGUGAAACACUUCUCCGCCAUGUCGCUCCCGGCGCUGCAGAAAGUGUGCGCCGACGGGACUAAUCUGUUCCCAACGCAGGAACUUUCCAUCAAUCGUCUGUCAAACCCACAGUUCCCUUACUACCCCGUCUACCAGGGGAUCUACACCAGCGUGGGGCUGCCGCUGUAUAAGGCCCCGGAGACCAUUCUGCAGCACGUCGCGGAGAUGAAGAGGCUGCUGCUGUCCCUGCGCUGCCGGUCACGUAGUCGCAUUCAGGCCGUCACCAAACUCCAGCGUCAGCUCCGUGAGAGCCAGAGCCCCGACAUCGACACCCUGUUGCAGCUCCUGUCCGCACACUACGCCCAGCAGAUGGAUCAGCUCGUUCCUAAACUGCAGCGCCUGAUCCAGCAAUGCGAGAAAAGCCAGGAGCACGGGAAGGAUGUGCAGGCCGCCGUGACCUACUGGUGGGAGCAGCCGGCUCAGCUUUGUCUACCAUGGGAGCAACAAGGAGGCCAGAGCCUGCGUCAGUGGCGAGAUCGCUGGACGGUGGCGGUGACGGCGCUUCUGAGGGCGUCGGGCGGCAAGGCCUGAGUGUUUUUUUAAGUUGAGUGAGGGGAGGGGAAGAGGGAAUAUACCAAUCUCAUUGGAUAGCUGAGAUGAUGAACUGUAAGACCACCUGCCUCGUGGCCUGUAUGUUGCCACCUAGUGGUAAUAUAGCAGUAGUGCAGCGGCUUCUCCGUGAUGUGUAUAGGAUGUGUUUUAUGAUGAAAACGUAAUCGGGGUGCGGUUGGUGAACCGUUCAUUUCACUGCGUGUCCUAAUUGGCUUUCACUAUAUUGUGCUGUAGCACUGCACAGCGAGACCCCCACCCAGCCCUGGACAUGGGGGGGGGGGGGGGGGGAGACCUGCAGUACUGGGUGUGAAUCGUCCAAAUUCCAUCCCACAUGUUAAAUUGCUUUUCCACAAAAGACAUCUUCACCGUCCCUGGAGCAAGCGACCGUUGUCCAAUCUUGUAUCAAUAAAGCUCAUUCAC